CACUUGCAUCUUCCCAUUCUUCUUUUUCUCAGAGAAUGUUGUUGCUUUCCUACUAACACACCCUCCAACCGCUGUCGUCUGAACACUGCAAUCGCAUAUCCAUCGCCGUUGAUGGGUAAAUCCACCGGAGCCGGUCCGCUCCGUCGAGUCACCGAAAAUUCUCCGAAUCCGCCGCCACGCUCACGCACUCCUAAAGACGAUACAGAUGCAUCUCCGUCAACGCCCAAAAAGAAUCAACGGACGAGGAAGCACAAGAAACGCACCCCAUCUCUCAUCGCCUCCCCAUCAGACAAGGUGACAGCUCGUCCGUCCAAGCGGAAGAGAAUCCCCGAAUUGCGUAGGCAGUCAGACCGACCUCGCGACACACCAAACCGUCGAGCAGAUUCGCAGUCGGACGACGAUGCUUCCAACGACGAGUCAAGCACGAGGACAGCACCGCCGAGGGCCUUUAAAUGUGCCGACGACCAAGAUGCUGCUUCCGCAGAGCCCUCAGAGACAAAACGUGAGCAUCCCACCCCGCCGGUCACACCCAGAAAAGCCAUACGAACCUAUCCACCACCGACACCGUCAACGCCGAGAAAAGGAAAGCAAGGUCGAGCGGUUGGUAGCCGAGGCCGAUUCAGUGAGUACGAGCGUGAGCUACUGGAAGAUUUCAAGAUCAACUUUUGCAAUACUCACGGCAUCAAUGGAUUCGACUUCAACCUCAUGAUCCAACACUCAGAUCGGGAUCCUGGUGAUGGCGUGUUUCCCAAACACAUCAUCAGGAAACACGAUUUCUGGGAUCGUAUAUACGAGGUUCUUCCCACGCGGAAUGCCGAGUCAGUUUGUCGCUUCAUGAGAAGGCACUUUCUCCCGUAUAAGCAGGCUUCACAUACGUGGACCUCUGCGCAGGAUGAAGAGCUCAUUUCUCACCAUUUGGUGUAUGGCGCUCAGUGGGCUUUUAUAGCCAAGCAGCUAGAUAGAAGCUCCGAUGAUGUCGCCCAACGGUGGCGGAAUCAAUUGCAACACCGGACCACGAUGAACCAAGGGGUUUGGUCCCAGGCCGAAAUCCAAGGCCUGUUGGACACCUUGCAGGCGAUGUGGGACCGGAUGAAGCAGGUUGGUGAAGAUGCCUUGUUAGGCCGGGACAUCUACGAGAUGGACCCCUCAAUUGACAUUUCAUGGUACCAAGUGAGCCAUGGCCUAAGCCAUUCCCGCUCGGAACAGCAGUGUGGAGACAAAUGGCGGAAGAUCAGGCGCAAGGUCUUGCUUCGGCGUUUCAAUGGGGAACCAGAUGCUGUUUUCGAUGCCUGGAAAGAAGCCUGGUAUCCUACACCCGUUAAACGGAAGGACUCGUCCCCUGGUGAUACGUCCAAGCAGUAUGAACGCUGGGCGUUUGUGCCGUCCGAUGACGAGUUUGAGGGUGCAACCCCCUCGUCAACGCGGAAGUCCAUGUCUAGGUCUCUUACACCAAAGCAUUGGAUGGUGGCCAACCCAGGACGAUUAUCCCCUUGGGAAACUCCUAGUAGAAAGCCUUCUGCACGUCGUGCCGGAUCGACGCGAGAGCCUAUCCAAGAGUCUGAGUUUAGUCCCAGCUCUAGGUCGAGUUCAAUAUCAAGUUCCUCAGGGAGCGAGAGUAGCGCCGAGUCUGAGAAAAUGAAGCAACCCGCCAAGCAGCGCCCACACAAGGCGUCUGUGAAAGGUGACCAACCACUCCGCAAGGAGCGAUAUAUAGAUGGGCCGUCAAAGGCGUUGAAUGAAAAUACUUUCAAGAAUACCAAACCCAAAUUGAAAGAUCCGUUCAAGCCGACGUCCAUGACCAAGGCAAUGAACACUAGCCGAUGUGAAUCUGCCCAAGAUUUCAAGGCUAUUGCAGCUGAGCCGCAGCGAAAGCAAGUAUUUCCAAAGCAGAAAAUGCAAUCAAGGCCACCUGUAAGACCAAGUGUAUUUGAGUCCACGCCUGAAUCUUCGGAUGAGAGUGAUCUUGAUUCAAGACAGAGCGGCCCAUCAGUAGUCUAUCUCGAUUCUGAGUCCGAGUCUCAGUCUUCUGACGGGAGUGACUUUGGCUCUGAUGGCAGCGAAAUUGCGGAGGGGGUCAUAUCUCGGAGUGUAAAAACCGGUACCCCAGUUAGAACAUCGCGAUCCCGUGCGAGGCCUUCGUUCUUCAAAUCUCUGGGCGUUACCGGCGGUCAAGAACCAAGCUCAUCGGAAGAUGAAGCAGUCGGAUCAUCUUCCAGAGCAGACAGUCUGUAUGAUGAAAGCGAACCAAAGGAGAAGCCAAGAUACCGCAAUGCGAGUCGACAGUCAACUCAGAAGGCGCCCACGCGCGGAGCCUCAUCUGAAAACCCAUUACCAUCGAGCGACACCGAAACUACAACGAAUUCGGAAUCUGAAAGCGAGCCGGAAAUCCAAGUUAGGAUUAACAACGGCCCCUCACGCCGCAGGUCAGCUUCCUAUCAACCGACGACCAGGAAUACCCGGCGAAGAAUGCAAGCAAAACAGCGACUGGUGACCCCUACACCUAUUCGGCACGAGACCGACGACACGGAUACCGAGCGUGAUGGCAGUGACGAGGAUGGAAGAGGAGACUAGCGGCAUCGAUGGGUUGCAAGCGGAAGAGUGCGCUGAAAUGGUAGUUUUCUAGUAUAUUCCCAACCCUGUAUAUUUGUUGUAUUUGUUUGAUUUAUUUUGGGAAAGAUAUCCACGCGAGAUUUGUUAGGGAUGGUUGGUGAUUGAAUGUCUUAGGGGGGGUUACAGGGUUACAUUGACAGACCCAUGGAGACCCAUUUAGGGUUUGCUACUUGUAUGAACUCCAGAUGACACGGUCUGACUGUGUAGGGAUGUGUGAUAAAGAUAUAGAUGAGACGGUGGGGUGGAGGAAGAGAGAAGAAGGGAAGAGGAGGUUGAUAUAGAUGAGCACGGGACCUGACAGUGUGCAUGAUUAGUGCACGCUUAUCCUUUUGAUGUAUCACUUGACCAGCUGUCUUAUUAUAUAC